UUUGAAAAAAUGGCGGCGACGAUUCUCCCGCCAAGCAUUAGAAAACUAGACGAAACAGUUGUGAACAGAAUAGCAGCUGGAGAAGUGAUCCAGAGACCUGCUAAUGCUCUCAAAGAGUUGAUAGAAAACAGCUUAGAUGCCAAGUCGAGUUCUGUUGGAGUUACGGUCAAGUCUGGGGGCCUCAAACUCCUUCAAAUCCAGGAUAAUGGCUGUGGUAUACGGAAAGAAGACAUGGGGAUCGUCUGUGAGCGGUUUACUACUAGUAAACUAAGUAAGUUUGAGGAUUUAAGUAGUAUAUCGACUUACGGGUUCCGAGGAGAAGCCUUGGCGAGCAUAAGCCAUGUCGCUCACGUUACAAUCACAACCAAGACAGCCACUUCGAACUGUGCUUUUAAAGCUUGUUAUUCUGACGGGAAGCUUGUUCCUCCUCGCCCAGGAAUGAGUGCUGAUCCAAAGCCUUGUGCUGGAAAUAAAGGCACACAGAUUACAGUGGAAGAUUUGUUUUAUAACGUUGCUACUAGAAGGAAAGCAUUGAAGAGUCCAGGAGAGGAGUAUGCGAAGAUACUUGAUGUGGUUAGUAAGUACGCCAUUCACAACUCUGGUGUUGCGUUCACGUGUAAGAAACAAGGCGAAAGUAAAGCGGAUGUUCGCACCCAAGCCAACGCCUCUGUCCAAGAUAACAUCCGUGCUAUCUAUGGUGCUGCUGUUGCUAAGGAACUACUUGAAGUGGUUUGUGACAACCUUAAACUUGGCUUCAAAAUGAAGGGUUAUGUAACCAAUGCUAACUAUUCUGUUAAAAAGUUACAGUUCCUCCUUUUCAUAAAUCAUCGUCUUGUGGACUCAACAGCACUGCGCAAGGCUCUAGAGACCAUCUAUGAGGCUUAUCUCCCAAAGGGGACACACCCCUUUAUUUAUAUGAGCUUGGAGAUAUCACCAAACAAUGUUGACGUUAAUGUCCAUCCUACUAAACAUGAGGUCCAUUUUCUACAUGAAGAGGCUAUCAUUGAGGCAGUCCAAAAGGUCGUGGAAGAGAAACUUUUAGGGUCAAAUAGUUCACGUAUAUAUUAUACACAGGCUUUAAUAUCAGGUGCACCAGAACCAGUGGAGAAUGUGACCAAAGACAACAGUAACAAAUCUGCUGAUAGCAGCACAAAAUUGUAUGCACAUCAGAUGGUGCGUACUGAUUGCAGGGAACAAACUCUCCAUGCUUUUGUUCCUCCCAAAGAUACACCCAGUGCCAGUGAAAAGGCUACUGCUAGUUGUACUGGUACACCAGAAGUGGUAGAUAUUGACAUGGAAGGUAGCAGCACUGGAGUUUCUUCUGACAAGACACAAGAUAAUCAGGACAUGAUAAUGUCUCCACCAGAAAAUAAGAAAACAAAGUUAGACAGUGAUGGAACUAGAACAAUGAAAGUCAAAAAGAAACAAGAUCGCAGAGACGUCCAGCUUAUCAGUAUUCAAAACUUAAGGAAGACAAUUGACAAGGCCGAACAUCAAGGACUAAAGGACUUAUUUGAAGAUCACAAAUUUGUUGGCUGUGUUAAUCACUCUUUUGUGCUACUCCAACACAAUACUAAACUAUACCUUUCAAAUAUCGUCACACUCAGCAAAGAACUCUUUUAUCAAAUCAUAAUGUUCAGAUUUGGAGAUUUUGGAUUUCUCAAGCUAUCUGAAGUGGCGCCAAUAUACGAGCUGGCAAUGCUGGCAUUGGAGAGUGAGGAGAGUGGAUGGACAGAAGAGGAUGGACCAAAGGAAGAUCUUGCAAAUUAUAUUAAAGAUUUCCUCACCAAAAAGGCUGAAAUGCUGUUGGAUUAUUUUUCCAUUGAAAUAGAUUCUGAUGGCAAUCUUUGUGCCCUGCCGCUGUUACUUGAUAACUAUGUUCCUAAUCUGCAUGGUCUUCCUAUGUUUAUUCUGAGAAUAUCCACUGAGGUGGAAUGGGAAAGUGAGCAGGAGUGUUUUGAAACACUAAGUAGAGAAGUCAGUAGCUUUUAUGCCUUCAAACCAGACCUAACAUCACAAAGCAAUCAAGACACUCCCGAUGAGAGUCCAGAUAUGGAUGAUGAUACAAGUAGCAGUACUUCAUGGCAAUGGACUGUGGAACAUGUUCUCUCGCCAGCAUUACGCACAGGUCUUGUUCCACCUGCCAGAUUUGCUGAGGAUGGGACUUUGUUACAAAUAGCAAAUCUAACGGAAUUGUACAAAGUAUUUGAAAGGUGUUAGAAGAAAUUUCAUAUAAUUCAACUUUACCUAAAAGUGAAUUACAUUGUAGCUACAUGCUAUGUUGUAAAUAAACAGCUGGAAUAUUAAUUUUAAUCAAACAUUCUUUUGCAUGUUUUGAAGCUUAGGUUUUUGAUGAUAAGGAGAAGGAGGUGGUGAUGGUGAUGGCAGCAAUGAUGAUGAUAGUGACAUUGAUGAUAAUGAGGAGGUGGUGAUGGUGAUGGCAAUAUUGAUGAUGGUUGUGACAUUGAUGAUGAUGAUGAGGUGAUGUUGAUGGUGAUGGCAGUAAUGAUGAUGGUAGUGACAUUGAUGAGGAGGUGGUGAUGGUGGUGAUGACGAGGUGGGGGAGAAUGAUGUUAAUGAUGAUAAUAAUAAUGAAGCUGCUUCUGAUGGUUUGGAUGAUAGUGGUUAUAUUUUUCUAAGACAAUUAGUAUGUAUGAUACAUAGUCUUCUACAACACUAAGUAGGAAAGUAAAAUUUGUUGCAAAUAAUUCCUAUUAAUUAAAUGAGUUUAUCAAUUUA